GGCGGCGGCGGAGAGCUCAGAGCGCCGCGGAGAGCCGAGCGGCGGCGGGUGCGGAGCGCGGAGCGGGCGGCGGCCGCACAAAGCUCGGGGCCGCGGGUCUGCAUGCGGCGGACCCGGCCUGGCGCGGCGACUCCUCUCCAGGCCGGCGGGGCCCCGAGGCCGCAGCUCGCGUGCACGCUCUCCCCGCUCCCAAGUGGCGAGCAAAGUUUGGUGGCGGAGACGCCGAGCCGAAGUCCUUUCUUCCUUUCGCUCCCCUAACCCGAGCGCAGCCGCGGGCGUCAUGCCCGCCCUCCUCCGCAGCCCGGGGCGCGCGUGAAGCCGGAGCCCCUGCGCUGCCGGGGAUCCAAGGACGACGCUGAGCUGGAGUUGCCCCCAAGGGACCCCCGACCUCGGCGCUCGCUCCAUCCCGACCCGCCGGGGGGACAGGACGGAUCAGGAGCCGCGUUGCCAUUCAAGUGACGGCGGCAGCAGCGGCAAGGACAGCAGUGGCUGCAGCAGCACCUGGUUCCUGAGCCCCCUGCAGGCUGAAGGCAUUGCUGGCGCCCCAUGCCCGUGGCCGAGGUGUGCAGAUGGGAUUACUGUCCACGUGGAGUUAUGGAAGAGGCCUGGGCAUUGGCGCCGUAACCAUGGUCAGCUUGGGGCGCUUCAUCUGCCUGGUCGUGGUCACCAUGGCAACCCUGUCCCUGGCCCGGCCCUCAUUCAGUUUAGUUGAGGAUACCACAGUAGAGCCAGAAGAGCCGCCAACCAAAUACCAAAUCUCUCAACCAGAAGUGUACGUGGCCGCGCCAGGGGAGUCGCUAGAGUUGGGCUGCCUGUUGAAAGAUGCCGCCGUGAUCAGUUGGACUAAGGAUGGGGUACACUUGGGGCCCAACAAUAGGACAGUGCUUAUUGGGGAGUACUUGCAGAUAAAAGGCGCCACGCCUAGAGACUCCGGCCUCUAUGCUUGUACUGCUGCUAGGAGUGUAGACAGUGAGACCUUGUACUUCAUGGUCAAUGUUACAGAUGCAAUCUCAUCAGGAGAUGAUGAGGACGACACAGAUGGCUCCGAGGACUUUGUCAGUGAGAACAAUAACAACAAGAGAGCGCCAUACUGGACCAACACAGAGAAGAUGGAGAAGCGACUGCACGCUGUCCCUGCGGCCAAUACCGUCAAGUUCCGCUGCCCCGCUGGGGGGAACCCAACGCCGACCAUGAGGUGGCUGAAAAACGGGAAGGAAUUUAAGCAGGAGCAUCGCAUUGGCGGCUAUAAGGUACGAAGCCAGCACUGGAGCCUUAUUAUGGAGAGUGUGGUCCCUUCCGACAAAGGAAAUUAUACCUGUGUGGUGGAGAAUGAAUAUGGUUCCAUGAAUCACACAUACCACCUCGAUGUUGUUGAACGGUCCCCACACCGGCCCAUCCUCCAAGCUGGACUGCCGGCAAAUGCCUCCACUGUGGUCGGGGGCGACGUGGAAUUUGUCUGCAAAGUGUACAGCGAUGCCCAGCCCCACAUCCAGUGGAUCAAGCAUGUCGAAAAGAACGGCAGCAAAUACGGGCCCGACGGGCUGCCCUACCUUAAGGUUCUCAAGGCUGCCGGUGUUAACACCACGGACAAAGAGAUUGAGGUUCUCUAUAUUCGGAAUGUAACUUUUGAGGAUGCUGGGGAAUAUACGUGCUUGGCGGGUAAUUCUAUUGGGAUAUCCUUUCACUCUGCAUGGUUGACAGUUCUGCCAGCUCCCGUGAGAGAAAAGGACAUUACCGCUUCCCCAGACUACCUGGAGAUAGCCAUUUACUGCAUAGGGGUCUUCUUAAUUGCCUGUAUGGUGGUGACGGUCAUCCUGUGCCGGAUGAAGACAACGACCAAGAAGCCGGACUUUAGCAGCCAGCCGGCUGUGCACAAGCUGACCAAGCGCAUCCCUCUGCGGAGACAGGUUUCCGCCGAGUCCAGCUCCUCCAUGAACUCCAACACCCCACUGGUGAGGAUAACAACACGCCUCUCCUCAACAGCGGACACCCCCAUGUUGGCAGGGGUCUCUGAGUACGAAUUGCCGGAGGAUCCAAAAUGGGAGUUUCCAAGAGAUAAGCUGACGCUGGGCAAACCCCUGGGGGAAGGCUGUUUUGGGCAAGUUGUCAUGGCUGAAGCAGUGGGAAUCGACAAAGAGAAGCCCAAGGAAGCAGUCACUGUGGCCGUGAAGAUGUUGAAAGAUGAUGCCACAGAGAAAGACCUUUCCGAUCUGGUGUCAGAGAUGGAGAUGAUGAAGAUGAUUGGAAAACACAAAAACAUCAUCAAUCUUCUUGGAGCCUGUACACAGGAUGGGCCGCUGUAUGUCAUAGUGGAGUACGCCUCGAAGGGCAACCUCCGGGAGUACCUGCGUGCCCGCAGGCCGCCCGGGAUGGAGUACUCUUACGACAUCAACCGCGUUCCCGAGGAACAGAUGACCUUCAAGGACUUGGUGUCGUGCACGUACCAGCUGGCCAGAGGCAUGGAGUACUUGGCUUCCCAAAAAUGUAUUCACCGAGACUUAGCAGCCAGAAAUGUUUUGGUAACAGAAAACAACGUGAUGAAAAUAGCAGACUUUGGACUGGCCAGAGAUAUCAACAAUAUAGACUACUACAAAAAGACCACAAAUGGGCGACUUCCGGUCAAGUGGAUGGCCCCCGAAGCCCUCUUUGAUAGAGUCUACACCCAUCAGAGCGACGUCUGGUCCUUUGGGGUGCUAAUGUGGGAGAUCUUCACUCUAGGGGGUUCGCCCUACCCAGGGAUUCCCGUGGAGGAACUUUUUAAGCUGCUUAAGGAAGGACACCGGAUGGAUAAGCCAGCCAACUGCACCAGUGAGCUGUACAUGAUGAUGAGGGACUGCUGGCACGCGGUGCCCUCACAGAGACCGACCUUCAAGCAGUUGGUGGAAGACUUGGAUCGAAUUCUCACUCUCACAACCAACGAGGACUACUUGGACCUCACGCAGCCUCUCGAACAGUAUUCACCUAGUUAUCCUGACACAAGAAGCUCUUGUUCUUCAGGAGAUGACUCUGUUUUCUCUCCGGACCCCAUGCCUUAUGAACCAUGCCUUCCUCAGUAUCCACACAUAAACGGCAGUGUUAAAACAUGAAUGCAGGUGUCCUCCUGUCUACACACAGGACGCCACCAGGAACCUACCUACACUGAGCAUGGAGACUUUGUCUCUAGGAGCUUGUUGUCUCCGCUUGUAUAUAUGGAUCGGAGGAGUAAAUAAUGGGAAAAGUAAUCGGCACACGUGUAAAGAGCUAUACAGUUGAGAACUUAUAAUCUUCACCAGGAAGAGAAGAAUGUUUAUGGGACGAUGGACUGCCACGGGCCCGCCACGUGACCCCUCUGACCCGCCGCCAGCAGGCGAUAGAUGGGCACUGGCCGUGGACCGGUCGGACUCAAGGCGAACACAUGUUCUGCCUUCCUUGUUAAUUUUGUAAUAAUUGGAGAAAAUAUAUGUCAGCACACACUUAUAGAGCACAAAUGCAAUAUAGGUGCUGGAUGUAUGUAAAUAUAUUCAAAUUAUGUAUAAAUAUAUAUUAUAUAUUUACAAUGAAUUAUUUUUUGUAUUGAUUUUAAAUGGAUGUCCCAAUGCACCUAGAAAAUUGGUCUCUUUUUUUAAAUAACUAUUUGCUAAAAUGCUGUUCUUACACAGAAUUUCUUAAUUUUCACCGAGCAGAGGUGGAAAAAAUACUUUUGCUUUCAGGGAAAAUGGUAUAACAUUAAUUUAUUAAUGAAUUGGUAAUAUACAAAACAAUUAAUCAUUUAUAGUUCGUUUUUGUUUUUUGUUUCGUAAUUUAAGUGGCAUUCCUAUGCGGGCAACACGUGGGCUAGUUAACUAAUUGCCAGAUCCUUUGAAAAGAGAAAUAGUGAAGGUAUCUGACUAAUUUGGGGGAAAAUGAAGUUUGGAUUUAUUUGAGUUGAAACUCUGCUGUCAGGUCGUUGUUCUUACACCAGCUAAAUGCCCAUCCUGAAAGAAUCUGUUAAUGAGAAGGCAUUUUGUUCCCAUGUGUGGCUCUGUCAUUGGGCCCAUGUAACGUCUAACUGUACUUCCCAGGACAAAUAGUACCAGUGUCCUCUUAAGAAGAUGCCUUAAUCCAUUCCUCAAGGACGGCACUUAGUUGAGAUGACAGCAGAAUGUACUUCUUUGCUGGCAGCUGGUUUUCUGCCCCCAAGUUGCAUGUUAAUCAGAUUAGCCUGUAUUCAGUGAAUAAUGGCUUCCAGACUCUUUGUCCUUCGAGAAGCCUUUUGGGAUCUUCAAGUCUCGCAAUUGGAAAUUGAAACUCAGAGUUGUUCUGCUGAUAGUUUUGGGGAUCUUUCCAUCGUUUAAGGGAUUGCUUGUAUCUCAUUCUGGCAGAACGGCUCGAAAAGAUCCUCUCGAAAAGAUACUGAUGACAUCAGGCAAAACAUGGCCAUAUUGUUCGUUCUGUAUCCAAGUAUUGUGUUUUGCUUCCGAAACACCCACUCACCUUGCUGUAGCCGUGCAACAUGAAUGCAGAUUACACUGAUUUUACGUGUUCAGAAAUUGGAGAAAGUAUUUAAUAAAACCUGUUAAUUUUUGUACUGACAAUAAAAUGUUUCUACCGAUAUUAAUGUUAACAAGACAAAAUAAAUGUCAUGCAGCUUAUUUUUUUAAUA